UGUGUGUGUGUGUGUGUGUGUGUGUGUGUGUGUGUGUGUGUGUGUGUGUGUGUGUGUGUGUGUGUGUGUGUGAACAGGUUCCAUCCUCCCACUGUGGUGGGUCCUAUGGGAAGUGCAGCAGCCUGUUCUCGUCUCCUGUCUCUGGAUCCGUCUCAGUGCAGUCAUGCCUUGGCUAUAGCAGCUUCUCUAGCUGGAGCUCCGAUGGCUAAUGCUGCCACUCAGUCCAAGCCCCUUCACAUCGGCAACGCCUCUCGUUUGGGGCUUGAAGCUGCUCUGCUGGCCUCCAGAGGCCUAGAGGCCAGUUCUCUGGUCUUGGAUGCUGUUGCAGGAGUGGCGGGCUUCAGCGCCUUUUAUGAAGAUUAUGUUCCUCAGCCUUUAGAGUCACCUGAUGGUGGUGGACAUGUGUUCCUGUUAGAGGAGCAGGACAUUGCUUUUAAGCGUUUUCCUGCCCAUCUGGGGAUGCACUGGGUGGCUGAUGCUGCAGCUGCGGUCCAUGAGCUCCUUGUGGGACAUGGUCUAGGACAGGUGUCCCCACAUCAGGUCCAGGACAUCCUGCUCAGAGUCCCCCAGUCUAAAUACAUCAACAGGCCUUUCCCCGAGUCAGAGCACGAGGCACGCCACUCCUUCCAGUUUAACGCCUGCAGCGCUCUGCUGGACGGUGAGGUGACAGUGCAGUCCUUCAGCCCGCCCGCCAUGAGCCGCCCAGAGCUGCACUUCCUGCUAAGCCGUGUUCGCAUGGAGCAUCCUGAGGACAACCCCGCCAAUUUCAACCGCAUGUACGGAGAAGUCCAGGUGACUCUAGAUGGAGGAGACAUCCUGAAGGGCCGCUGUGACACCUUCUACGGCCACUGGCGCAACCCGCUGACAAACGAGAGCCUGAGCAAGAAGUUCAGAAGCAACGCAGAGGUGGUGCUGCCAUCAGAGAAGGUGGAGCGGCUGGUGGAGGUGGUGGAGGAGCUGGACAGGCUGGAUGAUUGUGGAGCUCUUCUCUCACAGCUGCAGUGAUCAAUAACACUGAACAAUAAAGCAACAAUCCUUCAGCAUAUAAAUAAGAAUCAUAUCAUUUUUAUAUUAAUGUUUUUAAAUGAUCUCCUUAGUGUAGACUGGAAAUAAACACAUUGCCAUGUUUUUCCUCUGGAGUUUUCCUCAAGCUGAUGUUUCCUCUGUUGUUCAAUAUUGUCUUUUGGUAUUGAAUUCUGUUUUUAUCGUAACAAAAUUCAGAUAAAAACAUGACUCGUGUGUGUGAGUCAUAUUUAUUGUUUAAUGCCUGUUUUUAUAUAAAUAUUGUUAAUCUAAGAAAAUGUGUUUCUUGCAACCUUUUCUCAAAAUGUGUACAUAAUAAAGUGUUUCAAACAUGUAAAACACAUGGUCAUAAAGUCACCUGUGUGUGUGUGUGUGUGUGUGUGUGUGUGUGUGUGUGUGUGUGUGUGUGUGUGUGUGUGUGUGUGUGUGUGUGUGUGUGUGUGUGUGUGUGUGUGUGUGUGU